UUCAUUACUCACACACGCCAGUUUCUGCAGCUUUCCAACUCUCUGCAAGUGGUUUUCCUGUGUCCUCAGGGAUUAGUAUAAAAAGGUAAGCAACACAACUGUCUGCAUUUCCAGUAAAUCUUUCGAAAAGCGUCUUUUGGUGAUCUGGUGCCUGCUGCUGACACUGAGAAUAUGAAGCUGGUUGCGUUUUGCGUUUUCGCAGUCUUCUGCUGUUCUUUGGCCAACACAUCAGCAAACAGGACAAUGGAGAGGAAAAAAUUACAAGAAGUCCUCAGACAGCUGAAUGCCGUGAAAUCGAGCCUGCAGCACAAUGAGCAGAUGCUGAAUACUCCACCAAAGAAUAUCGAGGACUGCUGCUGUCUGUCAGCACUGCACUGCUUCCGGACCAAUCUGCAGGUGCAGUUCAACAUUACGGAGAGAAAUCGAAGCAAACUUUACAGAAGCCUUAAUCAUCACUUUACUGAGAGUGGCCUGAACUUUUGUAAUUCAGGAAAUGUUAGGCCCACCUGCCAAGACUGCGACUCUCAUCCGAAGGAAAAUGCCAGUGAGUUUUUCAACAGACUGGAGUCUCUCAUUCAAAGGGCCAUAGCCAGACUGAGCAUGAAGUGAGAAAAGGCGAAGAUCUGUUCGUGACCAAGGAUUGAAUGUAGAGAAGACACUACGCUGAAAAGAUGCUAAACAUGUUCUAGCCUUCUGAAUAUUUAAUUAUACUUAUUUAAUAUUUAUUUAGAUAGUGGUGGUGGACCACUCAAGCUAUGAAGAAGGUUUUCUCAGGAAAGCUGCUUUGCCGCCACCCAGUGGACUUGGCAGUUUCGACUUUCUUCUUCACUUUUUCACUGAAAGUGAAAAUUAAUUUAUUGUAUUUUAGUUUUUGUAGUUCUCAAAGAAUAUAAAGUGUAUAAUGACAUUUAUACUGUGUAUGACAUGCCUUUAUACAGGAAUCAUUUUAUUGAAAUAACUGUACCAUUUGAAAAUAUU